AUGUCCUCUGACCCUCCAAAACGCUCGAAUCUCAUUGAUGUAACAUAUCAGGCACUGUAUUCUUUCCUGAACGGACACCUGGAAGGCAACUCCGUUGAACAACUCGUAGAGUUCGUCAAACCGCGCAUUCAGCAGCUCAAAAACAUUCAAAACCCUUUUGGAGAGCCCUCCGACGCGUCGAGAAAGAAGGUCGAAUCCGGCAAAGUCACACUCGAGGAUGGCGUGGUGCUGAAUGUGGAGAAGGAGGAGAAGGAGUAUGUCUUCGGGUUGAGCAGCAAGUUCAACAUCGACCAGGUGCACGCUCUCAUUCUUCUGCGCUCCUUUUUCUUCAACGAAGGCCUCCCCGCCGGGCUCAAGUCGGAAGGCUCCGUCGUCGCGGAGCUCGUGGAGGCCCUGACUCCCUUCUACUACUCCGAACGCCUCUACCUCCUCCGCUGUUACAUCCCCCUGUUCCGCGCAUUCCAACACACAACGGAGAAGAUGUACGGUGUCGCCGACGCCGCCAUUCCGAAGCUGGUACCCGACGGCCCCGCCUUCGCCACGGCCCUCCUCACCGAGUACGCCACUAAAGCAUCGGCGGACGUGCACCCAAACGCGCGCGACGAUCCGCGCCAGGCGGCGGCGUGGGCGAAGCAAAACGCGAAGGAGCAGCUUGUGUUGCUCGAGGUGCUCUUCUGGACGAUGUGGGCGCACGCACCCUGUGCUGGCCAGCUCGUGUCGCGCAUAUUCGCGACCGCGUACGCGACACACCUCGGCUCGCAACAACACAACUCCACUCUCUUGCUCGACGAAGAGAGCGCCCAAGUUCUACAGGACAAUGCGGCAAUGUGGAUUCUUAUCACCAUCGAAAUCCUCGAGCUGGAGCGCGCGGGGGAACCAGGCGCGAUCGAAGUGGCGGCGAAUCCGAAGGACAAGGACAUUUACUGGAGCUCGCCGGAGUACCUCAAGCAGAUCCACCAGAUAGUCAUCGCACAGGGGAACAGCAACUUCGCGUGCACGUACAUCGCGUGGACGUGCAUCUUGUCGCGAAUCUCGAAGGUUGCGCUCAGCCUCAAGGAGCUUCCAGAGUCGUAUCGGACGUUCUUCGACUCACUUAUACCCGAAGGCUCCGGCAUGCACACAAAGGAUCCCCAGCAAGCAUGCAAUCUCAUGGCGAACGUCGGUCUCAGCGCCGACGCGGGUCUCUUUAGGCUUCUCCUUACCCUUCUCACAUCAUCCCCACUUUUCGUAACCUCUGUCGCCUGGCGAACGGGCUCUACUGUCUCCGACCCCAAUGCUGUUGCCUAUCGUUCUGUGCUGAAAGGACUGCUCAUCUCCAUCGUCGACAUGAUACCGGUCGAGUUGAUCCCCGACUUUGAUGGACUUCUCGAGGCGUGGGUCUCUCUUUUCGGGCGCAGCGAACCGCAGUCCGUAGUUGGCAUUUGUCGUCAGUUCUGGUUGCAAGACUGCGAGAACAGUAGCCGCCGCGCCAUCGUAGACGUGGCCCGCGCCCGAUUCCCGGUCCAAGUCCGGCCCUUACUCCGCCUCCUACGGUCUCUUUCUGGCAUUGGGUUCCUCGACACCGAUCCUCUCGCCACCAUCAGUCACACCGCUCCGACCCUUCAGCUCAUGGAAGAUCGGGGGAAAUGCGCGGAAUACGUCUUCAACUACUUCGACAACCUUCCAACGUUCACCCAGAUCAUCCAUACCAGCAGCUGCGGCGGUUCACAUGCGCUCUACGAGAGGCUGCCUGACAGAUACGGAUCGUCGUCAGCCACCCCAGGUCCUUCAUAUCAGAACUUACGGCCAAUCAAACUUCCUGGAGGGUCGAUUCUCCCUGCGAAGACUAUGGGUCAGCUGCUCAGCUCGGAUGGCGGUGAUGUCAUUGUUGUGGCUUGGAGGCAUAGCCACUCGGGUUGGAAGGUCGUUCUGGAGUUCUUGACCGACUACGUCAACCGCCGCCGCAUGCACUCGACAGGAGUCUCCCAUCAUGACGUCUCCUUCAGCGGUCGCAACGUCAACCAGCCCCUCGCCAUCAAACUGGAAGAAGCUGGGGUGGAGAUAGACAAAGAUGGAGACGAAGAUCUCAUCGUCGACGCGCUCGACCUCAUCCGCAGUGUCGUCAAAGACACUCCCGACCUUGCCAGGGCCCUGCUGCAGGCGAUGGAAAGCGGUGAUCCGGUUGUCUCCCAUACGAUGACGGAGUCGCAACCUCCGGACCUCGUGCAGCUCACGACGAUGAUUCUCGAGGACGCCCUAACGCGUUCGGCCGGUGUUCACAAGACCGCCCCCCGCAAACAGCUCAUCACAUCUGCGAUGAGCGUCCUCACCGCCUUGCUCGCUGUUCCAGGCUACUCCAACCGUGUCUGGCUCUACAUCCGUUCUACCGCUUCUCUCUUCGGGUCGGAGCGUACGUCGGGCGUGACUUCUUCUGUCCUCGCAACGGAGCGGCUCACAGGCAACUACACCAUGACCCUUGCUCUCCUCCAGCUGGUGGAGUCCCUUUUCGCUGAAGCCUCCGAGAACGUCCUCCUCGUCACCCACCAAAACCCGAAGCUACAGCAGGUCAAGGAGGAGGUCUUGAUGCGCGCGGCGCGCUUUGUGCAUUCAGGGAUCUGGGUGGAGCACAUGGGCUGGAAGUACGCGCAGCUGGGGGAUCGGUUCGAGAUUGGGAGGAAAGUUGCCACGUUCUACCUGAACGUGUUCAAGCACGCGUCCCCUGCUGUCAAGGACGCCCCUUUCGCGAAGCUCAGCCAGGCAAUUGCAGACGCCCUUCUCUUCCGAGCCACGACUUCGACAGUCACCCCUCUCGUUGCCUCUAUGGCUGGAGGAAGCGCCGUUUUCAUCUCCCUUGCCAACUCCCGCCGGCACGGCGAUGCAAUGCGCCUCGUCUAUCUCCUGGAAGCCAACCUUGCACUCACCCGGGUCCUCCUCACCUACAAGCAGAAAUCACCCGAGGCGACUAAAGUGUGUCUCCUGGAGCAGGCUCUUUGCAGCCGGGUGGGAAGCAACCUUUCGUUCGAGGGCGGUCAAGCAAAGGCGAACCCGGUCGACGCACUGGCCGGCUACAUCAAGGAAAGGGGCAUGGGGAACGUCGUCCCGCUCGCAGCCAUGCAGGUCUUGUUCGCGCUGUGCUCGUCGCUCUCCAGCGCGGAGGGUUCGGCGGCGUCCAUCAUUGGCCACCUCACCAACCCGGAGGCAACCGUCGCGAACAUGGUCCGGAUCGUCGAACACCCAUACGAGCAGGCCGACUUGCGCUACGCCAUCUGGAACUUCAUCACCAUCGCGGUCGACAAGGAGCCCGCGCUCGCCCGCCUCUUCGUCACCGGCCAGUUGCGCAUGCCCAGCGUCAAGGGCAAGGAGAAGGCGGGAGACUCUGGAGGCCCCGCGAAGCCCCCAAGCGCGCUGAACCUCGUCUGCGACGUGCUCCCUGAGUGGGAGGGCCUAUGGGAAAGCAACCCGAAGCUGCUCGCCCACCUCUUGCGUUUCCUGGACGUCGUCUGGGAGCACGCACACGAGCACAGUGCCGUCCUGGAUUCGCUCCGCAAGGACCCGGACUUCUUCAGCCCGCUCGGGGAGAUCUUCAAGAAGGAGCUCGAGGCCGUGCCGGACUACAACACGGAGGUCCUCGUGGAGGUUGACGGUGUCCUGCAUUCGGACCACCACGUCGCGGUGUCCGACUACUCGUACCGCAGCGCAGUGAAGGCACGCGCGGCGCAUAUCCUCGCGACAGACAUUCGCUUGCACAUCCAGUCAUUGGAUGAUAAGGCGGUGAAACCCCCGCAGCCGGCGAGCUACAAAUCCAUAGCGGACGCGCUUCGGUCGGAAGAUUUCAUCCAAGAGGGCAUCCCCGAAGCUGCAGCAAGCGCAUACAGCCCAGAGCUGUAUGACGAACUCGUGGAGAACCUGAAGGAGUACUUCCCUACCCUUUCUCUCGACCAUCUCCAAGCACAAGACCCCAUCGUGGAGCGCGAGUACGGAGACGACUUCGCGUUCACCAUGGAACUGGCCCGUAUCCGUCUAACACCCUCAGAAGACGAGCAACUCGUCAACCGGAUAUACCGUCGACUGCAGGACAUCAACUUGAACAUGUCGCUCGCUCAUGUCCAGACGUCGCUCGCAGAGGCGUGGCAGUACCUUCUGCUCCAGGUCAUCCCAUACCUCCGCGGGGAUUCCGCCGUUCGGCCGCACCUGUUGGCACAGGCGGAGAUGCUUUCGGGGAGUCUCGCAUCAGAAAGACGAUCCGGGGAGAUGAUGACCACGAUCCAUUCGGUCCGCCUAUCUUUAUUACUUUCUGUCCUGGAGGUCGCCUGGUUCUCGACGUCGGAUUCCAAGGCGGAGGUCGAGCAGUUCAUCUCGCUUGUCAAAAAUGUUCGAGGCGUCGUCCUCAACACCGCCCAGUCGCCUGCAAAAUCCAUUCUGGGACAGCUGUCCAUACCAUUCCAUCGACCCAUCCUGCAAGCGCUCUACUACUGCGCGCGGCAUAGUAGAAGUCUCGCGAGACGAACAAAGGUUCUACACGCGGAACAGCGUCUUGCGAUCUCGGCGAUGCUGGAAACAAGCCUCGUCUAUGUCAUCGACAGCCUCCGGAUCACCUUCGACAGGGCGCGUUUCUCACUCGACCAGGAUGUCGAGCAGGACAUGGAGCUUUUAGUCGCCGUCUUCGAGCAGUGCACGCGCCCCGACCUCAACCCCUCAGCGACGCUCUGGCUUGCUCGAUGUCAGGAAACGGACGUCGUCCGCGCAAGCCUCCAACUCUUCAGCCACAUGGACCUCGUGGGCCUCUCUGACGUCGCUCUCCUCCGGACCAGGAAGGCACCUCUGUACACCCCACACGUCCUCACGUUCCAUAUGGCGAUGGCUGGAAUCACGUCGGCCGCGGAACGCCUUGCAAGCGAAGGCCUGAUCGGCGCGUACGUCGAGAACGCGAUCAGCCCCGCCACUCGGCAGGGUAAGAUCGACGUCGCGAUCCCCGAGCUACUAGGAGAGCAGAGUCCGGCGCACCGAGCGUACUGCUCCAUGCUCGCCAUCGUCGCGGGCGUCACCACCGCCCUCGGCCGUCACUCGCAAUUCUUCGAGUCGGAGGUCUGCGGCCUGCUGCAAUUCUUCGGGGAGCAGAUCCAUCGGGCGCUGUCGUGGACCAUCGACGACACGCUCACGCUUCCGCUCCUGGAGGAGAUCGAGCAAGUGGUGAACGUGUACGCCGCGGUCGCGCAGGGCGCGUCUUCGAGCUCUAGUGACGCGGCGAAGCGAGUCCUCCGCGACUUCUCCGUCAACGCCCUGCUCCUCUUGCAGCAGAUCAACUACGCGCUGACACACCCCAACCACCUCGCCAGCGUUUUCGAACCCGUCACUGCAGAGGAACGCACGGCGUUUGAGGCGGACCGCGCGUCGCAGUCAAUGACCACGGAGGUGGUGGACCCCAUGCGGAGACCGUUCCUGGCGAGGCUCGUCCACCGGCUAUACAGGCUCUCGAGCACGCUGCUCUCUGCGUUGAUCGAUAUCAGCGGCGCGGAGACCGUCCUGCUCGGAGAGCCCGAAGAGUGGCAGGUGUCCCAAGCACUGAUUGUCCCGCACUCCAAAGUCGUGCUCGGCGAGGCCGCCUCCAUCGGCACGCUCAUCGAACUCGGAAACUGCUCCCUCGACCUCCUCCGGCUCCUCGUCGACCGCCCACCAACACAGGCGCUGACGCCCGCCGCGACGUCGGGCCAGAAGGCGCUCGACGUGCGCGACGCCGUCGCCGCGGCGCGGCGGAACCUCGAGGCGGCGGCGCUCUACGCCGUCACGCAGCUCGCGCUCUGGCUGUCCAAGCCCGAGUUCGACGCCGCGCCGGCGGACGAGGAUGGGGAGGAGACGAUGGGGGUCGACGAUGGGCCGGGCACGAGCCGGGCGCGCAAGGCGUCGCUGUCGAUGGCGGAGCGGCUGAGGAGGGGGAUGAAGGGCGAGAUGGCGGCGGACGUGGUCGCGCUGCUGAACCGCGCGAAGCCGGUGGUCGCCAAGACCGCGGCGGUGGUCGGGAAGGAGGAGGUGGACCUGACGCAGGUGCUGCUGUUCUUCGUGCAGGAGCGGAUAUCUUGGGGAGCGUAG